AUGGCGGACGCGGUCGGACGCCCGCCUGAUAUCCUAUGCUUUAAAUGUAAUUUAAAAAUUGCCAAUGAAGAUUUUGUGCACUGUUUUGGUGUGUGUAAUAAAUAUUUUCACGGUGAUUGUGCCGAAGUCAACAAAGGUACGAUAAAUUUUCUUAAUAGCAUGCCUUGCUUAAAAUACGUGUGUAGAGAAUGCACCGAACGACCAUAUCAUAGCUUAAUACAACAAUUGCAGUCAACUUUGAUAAAUUCCAUACAAAAUGAGCUUUCUGCUUGUGCGGGGAAUGCUGUUCAAGAAGCUCUUGAAGAUUUUAAUAAAGAAGUUGUUUUGCCAUUAAAAUAUGAAUUAAACGUAAUCAAAAAUCACAAUUUAACUUUGUCUAAACAAUUACAAUCCCUCAGUAUAGAAAAGCCUGUGGCUGUACCUAAAGAGAAAUCUACUCCAUCGUACUCCAAUAUAGUAAAACAUAACGAUAACAAGUCGCGAAUUAAUUCACGUUCGGUUACGAAAAACACCAAUUCGCAAAAUAAGACGGAAAAUCCAAGAUCGCAAAGUUCAAUUGAAAUAGCACAAUCAAAAAUGAUAAACGAUAUUGUAUAUAUUAAUAGUGACCUUCUAUCAACCAAUGCUAGUGAUGUGAAAACUUUCAAACCUGAGGUAGCCUUGAAGGCUACUGAAACCCCAGAUAACGACGCUGGAGAGUGGCAAAAGCCGAAAAGUAGGCGAAACAGAAGGCCUACGUUAACUACUGGAACGUCUGACAGCGAUUCUACCAUUAAGGGUGUCGCUAAAACAAUAACUUAUUAUGUGUCACGAUUACAUCCCGACACAACUAUACCACAAAUUUCGGAACAUAUGAAGAAUAAGAGCAUCACUCCUACCGUAAUUCAGCAAAUGCCUUCUAAAUAUCCUGAGUCUUACUCCUCAUUUAAAAUCUCUAUCCAGCCAGAAGAUAAUGAGCUAUUCCUUUCACCAACCACAUGGCCAAAGGGUUCGCAAAACAAUGGCAAUGUUAACACCAAGAGCGUCCUUCAUCGUCCACUUACUGCAUCAGGUCGCAUAAAACUGUUUAACUCCCUUAGCGAGAAGGAUUGGAGUCCUAUAUGGAAUAGUGAUAUGGAUGCAAAUUUAAAAUUUAACGCCUUCUUCGAGGAAUUUCAACGCUUUACUCCUACUCCUACUUAUCGAUCGGAUGACACCAAUAUCAACGACGUUGACACUUCCAAACAACUUAAGCUUGAUCAUCAUCUAACAUCGCUACCAGAAGUUUUGGACGUAAUCAGAUCAUUAAAAAACGGUCAUAGCAAAGAUCUUUAUGGGACGACCGUCAAUCUCAUCAAAAGCAACUCAAGUUUAUAUGCCAACUUAUUAGUGAAGCUAAUUAACAGUACCCUUCGUGACGUGAAUAAGGGCGUUCCGCAGGGAAGCAUACUGGGGCCGUUAUUGUUUCUCCUUUACAUCAACGACCUACCAACCAGCAUCCCUCAUGAGUGCGUAUGUUUAUUGUAUGCCGAUGAUACCACCUUGUUACAAAAAGAUGGAGACCCAAACGACUUAAUUGCAACCUCGGAACUCAACCUUGAAUCUACAGCUGAAUGGUGUACCAACAAUGGCCUGGACAUUAACGCUUUAAAAACCGAGAAGAUGAUUUUAACCCUAAGGCGCCUUCGUUACGACAACCCAGAAUACGUAAAAUUUCUUGGAGUACGCUUAGAUCCUAAGUUAGACUUUAACAGCCACGUUGACUAUGUCACCUCUAAACUUAAUACAAACAUUUUUGUUUUACGUAGGUUACACGAUCAACAUGGGGUAACAAUCCAUGUUGGAAACGCUUAUUCAGGGUACAGCGCCGAGCAGUGCGUGUACUAA